AUGAUAGCGAAGAAAUGCUUUGGGCCAGGGUGUGUGAAUGAAGUUGGGUAUGCAUGCAAAUGCUCUUCUCCUGAGACUUUAUCUUGUGAAGUGCAUGCUGUGGAGCAUGCAAACUUGCCUAAUAGAUCUCAUAAUCUUGAAUCUAUUUUUAUGCAGCCUUGUGAAGGGACAAAAGAAGCAAUUCUUGAAUUCCUUACAAAAGAAAAUUCAAAAUAUAGCGAGUUAAGAAGAAAAAUUAUAGAAUCCUUUAGCCAGAGACUUUUCAUUUCAGAGAAAGAUUUAGGAGAUUUCAAAAACAAAUUGGACUGUUGCUCAGAUGAAAUAAAUGAUUUCUUUGCAAAGAUUUCCCAAGCUACAAAAUUAUUAAAGUCAGAACAAGAUCCAAUUUUAAGAUUAUUGAGUUUACAGCCUCAAGAAGCUAUUGAGAAAGUAAAUUUGAUGACCAUACCUAGCAGAGAAUGAUAUAAAGGUGCAAAGCUGUUUUAUAUAUUCAAUCAAAAGUUAGAUAGUCUAAAUAGAUCCUUCUUUACAGAAAUAUGUGGGGCAUAUCUAGAAAAAAAGAAUAUGCAAAAUAUUCCAGAAAUGUAUAAUAAAAUUAUUAAGUCAGCAAAUAUAGAGUCAGAAAACGUUAAGGAUUUGAUUUCCUUGAUAAUAAAUGAAAACAGUGAGACUUUAAAAGACCCCGAAAACGUAAACAAGCCGAUAAAAAAUAACUCAGAAAUCGAGACAAGCUUGCAUAAUUCUCAAAUAAGCACUGUUUCUAAUGAUCUCAACAGGAAACCCAAUGAAACAGAAAGCACUCUAAAUGCUAUAGGCACAUUAAGAAAUAAAGCAGCUGAGAUUUUGAGUAGACCAAACAGAACAGCACACUCAGCGAUUAAGACUAAUACUAGUUUUUAUGAUCCACCGCUAAUGAAAUCUUACCAAGAUUAUAUUAAUGCUUAUCAACAAAAGACAUCUCUUUAUAAUAUUACAGCAGAUGAUAAAAACAAUAGAACUUGUUUGCAUAUUUAUAAGACUGAAACUGAAACCCAAGAAGUCAAAAUCUUGCAGACUCCACAACCACUAGACUCAGGCACCUGCAUAACUCAAUUUCCAAAUGACAAGCUAUUCUGUUAUGGCAAUAAUCUACUUUCUGGAAUUACAGUGCUGAUUGAUGCGAAUGGUGGAGCUGAAGUGCUGCCAUCUGGAACAGAAAAAUUGCAGUUAUUUUUUAUCAAUUUUAUACUCUAUCUUGCUUUAAAUAUCCAUUAAAAAGGUACCACUCUCAUUUAAAUUUCAACUCAGGCAACUCAAUCUAGCACUUCUUAAAACAAAUCAGUAAGAAAUAGUACCCAACUGGAACUCCUUGCUCAUUCUCGUCAUGUGUGCUGGUUUUAAAGAAUGAUGAUUUCAUAUGGAUAAUCUUUUGAAUUUGAAUAUUGACAGGAUAAAUGAUAUGAUAUGUUCCCAAACUGCAAUUCAUCUCUCAAGUAUUGGCGUUUUCAAUAUGACAUUGCAUAGCAGGAGAAUGCAUGAAAAUCCAAUAAUCUAUAUAGCCCAUUCCAUCUUUUCUCAAGCCCAACAGAAAUUAUAAUCAUUCUCCCGUUUUCAUCUCCCAAAAGUUAAGCUCUGUCAGAGACUCAAUAAAACAUCGAGUGACCUAUAUCUAUCUCAACAACAGCGUCUAUUGCUUUGGAGGAUUUUCAUCAAAAUUGUUAACUCUAUCUAGUAGAUUCGAUUUGGAUCGAAAUCGAUGAAUUCAUUUAACUCCAAUUCCGCGAGCUGAUUGCUUAUGCAAUAGUGUAAUAUUUAAUGGAAAUAUUUUGAUUUCUGGAUAUGAAAAUAGCAAAAUUUUGUUAUACUCGAUUGAUAUUGACUCAUUCUCGACAAUUCCUUAUGAGUUUGAAGAGGAGAAAAGAAAGAUCCUGAUAAAUUUAGAGAGACUGUAUUUGAUUGAAUGCUCUUAUGGAUCAAUCUAUGAAAGCGAAAUUGGAAGUUACUCGAAUUGGAGAAGAAUAGGAAAAUCAGCAAUCGAUUAUCCUUUUCAAGUUUAUUGCUCAUAUAAUAAAGGAUUUAUAUGCAUCUCAACUAUUUCCUCAUUCUCAUCAGCUAGAGAAUAUUAUUAUUUUAAUUUAGAUCAAAAAAUUAUUAUUGAUGUUGCUUACUAUAAUACGCGAGUCUCACUUAGAAGAGUAGGUAAAAAGAUUGAAGCAAUAAAAUGCAAUAAACAGUAUAAGCUCGAUCCUUAUUAUCUGGAUGAAUGCAAUGUAAAAGGUAUUGCUCUAAACGCUUUAGGAAAAAAACUAGAAGCAGUCGAAUGCUAUGACGAAGCCAUCAAACUCAAUCCAAAAGAUGCAGAUUUAUACAGUAAAAAAGGCAUCGCUUUUUAUGAUUUAAGAAGAUACCUAGAAGCAAUCGAAUGCUAUGACGAAGCAAUCAAACUCAAUCCAAAUGAUGCUAUUUAUUCCGAUAAUAAAGGCAACGUUCUUUAUAGGUUAGGAAGAUAUCUAGAAGCAAUCGAAUGCUAUGACGAAGCAAUCAAACGCAAUCCAAACGAUGUUGAUUUAUACAAUCAUAAAGGCAACGCUUUUUAUAGUUUAGGAAGAUAUCUAGAAGCAAUCAAAUGCUAUGACGAAGCAAUCAAACUCAAUCCAAACAAUGCUGAUUUUUAUAUUUUAAAAGGCAAUGCUUUUUAUGAAUGAGAAAGAUAUCUAAAAGCAAUCGAAUGCUAUGACGAAGCAAUCAAUUUCGAUCCAAACAAUGCUGAUCUUUACUGGAAGAAAGGAUAUGCUUUAAAUGAGUUAGGAAGAUACCCAGAAGCAGUAAAAAGCUAUAACAAAGCAAUCAAAAUCAAGCCAUAUAAAGCCAAAUUUUAUAAUGCUAAAGGCAAUACUCUUUAUGCUUUAGAGAGAUAUCAAGGAGCUAUACAAUGCUAUAAUAAGGCAAUCAAGCUUAAACCCAAUAAUCCUUUGCAUUUCUGCAACCGAGCUAGAGUAUUUAAUGAUCUUAGAAAAGAAGCAGCUGCUUUGCAGGACUUUAAUAGGGCUUAUAAUUUGAAGAAAGAAUAUCAAGAAAGUGAUGCUUUUACUGGAGAUGAAUGAAAGCUUUCUGAAAAAGAUAUCAAUUUUAUUAAUGAUGUAUUAGGCCGAGACCGUGUUGAACUACUCCAAAAAAGCAGGUUAAUAAAAUUUGGUUAUAAUAAGCUAUCAUUAUAA